AUGGAGCAUAUUAUUUUAAUUAUUCGAACAUUCGCAUCGCUUAUCAAGUUGGAACAUCAUCGGAGUUUCCUGGAAUUUUGCCGUGUCUGCGACGUCACUCCAUUUGGCCUUCGCCUGAGAAAAGUCUGUUCCUAUCCUGGCCAGAAAGAAGAACAAUUUGAGAAUUCCUGGACAAGUGUUUUGAGAACGGCCGAGAGACAGCUUCUUUGCCUAAUGAUAUUGAAGUACAGGGAGGAUAUUGAAAGAGCCGAAGUGUCAGCCUAUGAACGGAUGCAGAGCCUUCGGCAGAACUUGACUAAAGAGGAAAUGGGACACAUCAAAGAACAAUUAAGGGAACUUCAUAGCAGUCUUCUGAAAAGAAGACAAAAGAAAGGAAUGGCCAUACUAAAUGGAAAUCAUGGUCAGUCGGAUGGUUUGCGAUGGCUCAUGACGAAAACACAUAUUGAGGGCCACCUAUUCAGCGAAGAGGAUCUGUGUUCGGGACAACGACCUGCGGAAACUACCGGCACAGGGCAAGAAGAUUGCCAAGGAGACGAGGGGGGAGUAAUAGGACCUACAGACAGGAUUAUUGGACAAUUUGUUAGUGGGAAUGUGGUGAAUCUUUCACACCGGACCCUUUCCGAAGUGGAAAUAAGCCUCCUCUCGAAGGGUCUGAAAUUUUCACCCACUCCUACUGACUUGGACAAGGCGCAGCUGAAGGCGGAUUUCGAUGUCUUUAAAAGAAGAAUGCGUUUACGCUGGUUUUUCCGAGAUUCUGAGUCAAACCCUGUGGACGUUAAUAUUUCUAAAUUUAGGUGUAAGUCCAGCUGGAAUCCUCCUACUUCUGAUCCUCUGCUAGAAUCUUUUCUUUCUCAACUUGAAAAGGAUGUGCUGUCUAUUACCACGGAUGGUAAGUAUUACAGUAACCUUUCCUCUUCUGAACUUUCUGCGUUGAAUAAUUUUAAGUGUGAUAGGAAUAUAGUUAUCAAGGAAGCGGACAAGGGCUCAGCUGUUGUAGUUUGGGACAGGGGGGAUUACAUAGAAGAGGCUAACCGGCAGUUAGGUGAUAGGCAAGUUUACGAGGAGAUUGAGGUGGACCCCACGAUAGAAUUGGGUAAGGCCGUUAAUAAUAGGAUUAAUGAGUUAAGGGUGGAGGAUCCCGGGUUAAAGGAAGUGACUGAUUUUCUUAAAGUUAAUGAAGGGAAACUAGGUAGGUUCUAUUUGUUACCUAAGAUUCAUAAGGGAUUAAGUGGGGUUAAGGGUCGACCAGUCAUUUCCAAUUGUGGCACCGUUACAGAAAAUAUAUCAGAAUAUCUAGAUCACCACCUCAAUCCACUGGUUAGCCUCGGUAGGUCUUACAUUAAGGAUACUAAUCAUUUCUUGUCUAAGUUAGGUGAAAUAGGUAGGACACCAGAGGGGGCUAUACUGUGUACAGUUGAUGUUGUGGGACUCUAUCCUAGCAUUCCACAUGGGGAGGGUCUGGAAGCCAUCAGGGAAGCGCUGGAUAGAAGGGAAAACCCAAACGUGGCUACUGAUACCCUAGUGGGAUUGGCAUCUCUGGUUCUUGAAAGCAACUACUUUGAAUUUAAUGAUAAGUUUUAUAGACAGAAGUUAGGCACCGCUAUAGGAACUAAGUUCGCUCCAGCUUAUGCAAACCUCUUUAUGACUGGGUUGGAAGAAAGAUUGUUGAAGGAAUCAGUGGACACACCAAUUGUCUGGAUGAGAUUCAUCGAUGAUGUUUUCUUUAUCUGGACACAUGGCGAGGAGAAGCUUGAGACCUUCAUCAACUUUCUUAACAGUAGCCACGAUACCAUUAAGUUUACAGGGGAGCACUCUAGGGAGAGUAUAAGUUUUCUAGACGUUAAGCUGUCAUCUGAAUUCAACAUAAUUGAUAAAGCAAUUGAUAGAGAUAAGAAGUGGUGA